CUAAGGUGCCACAAGUACUCCUGUUUUAUUUGUAAGCAAUACAUCAGAUAUUACAGGGUGGGAAUUUGCUGAAAUAGUAGAUCUAAAAUAUGGAAUUGUUGAUGGUAUCACAUUGGGAAUAAAAAUAAAGCUUGGAGCUGGGGGACUAAAAGCAGAAUUCCAAUCAAACCACUAGCUUAAAUUGACAUUGUGUAGCAGUGUGGGUUAGUCAAAUGGCCCAAACUUUGACACGAAGUACUGCAUGCUAUUGUCUGUGUGCUGCAUCAAACUACAACCUUGAAACUACUAAUAUAAAUAACAAAAUAGGUUAUUUUUAAGAGGACUGAAUUUAUUUUGAAAGACAUUUUUCAUUACAAGUCCUGAAAAACUAUGGUAAAAUCAAACUCUUGCUGAUGCCUAUGAAAUACCGGCAGCAGCAAACUAUUCUGAAGGUACUGACCGUGCACACCGGGCUCCUAGUCAGGUCACAACACUGAAUGCAACGAAAACAAAUUAUCACGCCUUGUCAUCUAUUGGGGAUUCACUGCAGAGAGUGAAGUAGGGCCUGUUGCAGCUCGAGCUAGGAGCACUGUUAACGAGUAAAGCUGUGCCCCCACUAGGAAAAAAGAUGGGUUUUAGCACGUGUCAGCUCACACAGAAGUGACAACAACCAGUACAAUCCGCAUGCAGACAAGGCACUGGUCGUUCCGGCUCAUGCGUGUUAAACUACCCCCGCCUGGUCCACAGGGGCCUUCACCCCGUCUUGUCCGCCACAUUAAAACCCACCUAGAGAAGAAAGGCCCCAGCGGUAACGCUGCCGCACAGGGCGCAUCGCGCCAGCUGCACAUGUGCGGCCCCCCCUUGCCCUGGGCAGGCACCACUGCCUGGGCUGCGCACACAGCAGCGCCGCGAGGCUACUGAGCACGCGGGCCCAGCCUUGAGUUACCCCUUUCCUCUGGCGCUGCCCCACUUCAGAUUCCGAAGCCCGACCGGGCGGGGGAGCGCGGGGUGCGCCCCAGGGUGGGCUCGGGGCUUGGGCCAGUGCUCUUUCCGGUGAAUGGGGUCCGGAAGCGGAAGUGUCAGAAGACGGCUUCCGGCGGAAGUGGCGCUGGUCGUUGGUUAUGCUCCUCGCUGGCUCGUUUCCCCCUCCCCGCCGCCCCGGGUUCUGAGGGAACGGCCGCCGCUGGCACUAGAAAGCUUGGGUUUUGGCUCCUAUAUCAGUGAGGUAAAAGAAGUUUUACAAGAGUGCAAAACAGUAGCACUAAAAAGAAGAAAGGCCAGUUCUCGUUUGGAAAAUCUUGGCAUUCCUGAAGAAGAACUUCUAAGGCAGCAACAGGAGUUAUUUGCAAAAGCUAGGCAGCAGCAAGCAGAACUGGCCCAGCAAGAAUGGCUACAGAUGCAACAAGCGGCCCAACAAGCACAGCUUGCUGCUGCGUCAGCCACUGCAUCCAAUCAGGCAGGAUCUUCUCAGGAUGAAGAUGAUGAAGAUGAUAUCUGAAAUUCACCAGCUGAGUUUCUGUUCCCACUGAGAAAUAUCUUUCCUGCACAAUGAAAACAGUGAAAUGAAUGCUUUCCUGUAAUUUUGUAUGCAUAUUGGACUGGCCAUGGUAUUCUAGGGAUGUCUGCUGUUGUGUGCUGUACAUGUAAAAAGUGUCUUUUUUUUGAACUCUUAGAGAUUUAAGGUUCAAUAUCAUAUCAACUUUGGAUUUUUAAUGGUGUAUAUGAAAAUUUUAGAUAGCAGUGCGUCAUUGAUUUGAUCAAUAAACAGUGUUAAAAUAAACAACAAGUUUAUAAAAUAGUGAGAUUUAUACAGAAACUCUAAAUCCACAAUUGCAUUUCUCUUCCCUUUUAACUAAACUAUAAACUCUUACAUAGAGAAGUUUUAAUUGUUUUUCUUUUUGGGGGGUGGGAGUGGUACAGUAGACACUUAAUCUGCAUAAUGGAAAAAAGCAAAGGGGUCAGCAUAGUAAAGUCUGAAUUCUUUGUCCUUUUAAAAAUGAGGAUAUAUAUAUAUGGCAAUAAAUAUUAUAUGUGCUCAAAUACCACAUUUGUUACAAAUUUGAAAAGAUACAUUUUCACUAAACUAGGAAAAGGUAUGUUUAAUAGGAGUUGUAGAAAUUCUGUCUUUUUUUUGUGUAGGGGUGAAAUAAUAAACCCAUGAUUUUAUUAUGAUAUCUGUGAAGAGUCCUGAACCAAUGGAUAUUUCAUUUCAAAAACUGACCAGUGUAGAGAACUAAUAAAUUCUUAUUAUUUCACUCCAAUUUAAUGUUAACUGUUAUUGAUGGUAUUACUUGCGUAGUCCAGACAUGUUCAUACUGUUCACAUGUAAAGCUGGAACUUGGUGAAACAGAAUUGUGUUAGUUCCAUUGACUUAACUGGGAAUUAUUAAAUGUUCAGGCCUACAAAGGCAAAAGUUGAAGCUAAUGAACAUGGUUUCAGUAGAAGAGGAAUUUUUAUUUAACCCUGAUUAGUUAGUUAUUGUUGUCAGCAUAAUGUUAACAUUUUCCAGACUAGGUUACCAAUGGAUUCCUCAGCUACUUUGUGAAACAAUGACAUUUUCUUCAUUCAAACAGGUUAGUAGGUGCAAAUGAUUCUGUCCAGGUUUAGUUAGGAAAGAAUGCCCCAAGAGUAAUACGCAUGAUAAGGAUCAGGAAAGAGAAAGGAGUCUCUUUGACUGACAGGUUGACUUUGAAAAUUCUGUUUAUAUAAAUGGAUGGGCAUCUGUUCUUUCUGUAGAAAUAGACCACAGUUGUGUCCGUUAUAGAAUUUUAAGGUUGAAUGAAGAAACGUUGGCCUACGUUUUGGUACUCUUGUUUCCAGCAGAAUGGAAAAGCCAUUCCAUUGCAUACUAGGGCAGACGAUCAGAUCAGAUAGCUGUGUAAGAAUGCACUCUCUUUUCUUUUAAUAUGCUCUUGACAAGUUUCUCUAGUAAAAAUGUUUGACUAAAAGCUGUGAGUGCAGCAAUCUGUUUACACAGAGAAAUAUACAGAAAACAGUGUGCCCAUUUUAAGUAGAGAUCUGAACAAGUACAGUUGGCAUAUAUUCAGAUCUGCAAGGAUCGCUAGGGGCUUUUGAUUUCAAUUUUAGAGUCGUUAGGUUACUUAUUGAAUAAACUUGCACAUUUUCUGAAUGCAUCCGUGCAGUGAUGGCUCAAAAAGUAAAGAUUAGUUUGUUGAUAAGUUGAAAAACUUUCAUGACAUAUGUUGGACAAGAUUUGACUAAGGAGGUGGUUUUCUGUAAAGACUUAAGUACCAAAGGUAGUGAAUCUAGUCUAGUGAAACAAUGUUAAUGUGCAGUGUUGGCUUUUCUAAUUUGUACUGUAACACCUUACACUUUCUAUUUUAAAUGAAUCUUUUUCUUUUAAGUAAACAAAAUUAGGUAUUUCACACUUGUUUUUUCUGAUGCAGAAUUCAGGUUAACAUUUUACUGCAUCUGGUAUGUAUGGGAUAGUAUGUUUGGUUCCUUGUGACCUUUUCUUUGGACGUUUCUGUGCUUUUUUCAUAUGCUGUAUUCUUCAAGCAAUAAAAUUCUGAUGUGUUUUUUAAAUAGUUUUUAUAUUUAAUGUUGAAUAGUCACUUUUCUUCUCUGCAUUUGCAAUGUUAUAAGGAAGAAAUGUAAGGUUAUUUAAGUACUGCUGCCAUUUUGACUGGUGAGCAAUUUUUGUGACAAAGAUAAUGCUACCCAAAAUCUGCUGUAUCAUAUUCCUGCUCAGUUGGGCUAAUUAUAUACUUGCAAACAGUAUCUCUGUUUUAUUGUAUUAACUCUCCUUCCAGGAAGUAUAUUUUCCCUAUUUGCAAUAUUUGCAUUUUUGUAAAGUAAACAGGUUCACUUGUUUAAAAACGUCAGCUUUGCAGUGCUAAAGGGACAGUCAAAACCUCUGGGGUCAGAUACACAUUACAUUAUUACAUCUUUUAGAAUUUUAUGGUGAGAAGAAAUUUUUAUUGUGAACUUUUUACUUUGAACAAACUAGCCAUUAUUUUUGUAGGACUUACUGCAUUUAUGUCUUGCCUCCUUCUGCUGGGUGGCAAAGACAAAGCUAGUUCUAGAGCUGUGAUACUACUGAUGCUGGUACACAAAUAAUAAAUAGGCAUAAAAUAUUAUAAAUUUAAGUUCGGUGAGUAAAUCAGAUGUCACUACGUAGUCUUUAUUUGAAAUAGAUGUGUCAGGAAAUCAGUGCAGUUGAAGUGGGAAAAGAAAAGGUGCAAAGAAUAUUGCAAAUAAGUUACAUUACAAAAAUUAGUUGUUCUUUUUAAACUUAUCAUUAAAUAUAAACCUUGAUUGUUCCAUAGGCAACUUUUCAUUCUUUCCUGUCAGAAUUAGGCUCUCUAUUCAGUAUCCAAAAUACAGUACAGGAAGAGUGAAACUUGAAAUUAACUUCAGUACUAAAUGUGAGGCUUUGACACUUUCUCAAGGUAAUACUUAUAAGAAACCAAUAGAAAGAUGUUGCAGACUUGUUUGCUAUCUAGUCACUUGUCAUAUGUGUAGCAGAUUCUUUUCAAGCUUGGUAUAGCAUUAAACUGACACAGUAUAUCUCAGCAUAAGACAUUCAUUGCUGAGUAACACUUUCAUUCAAGACUGUUAUGGAAUUUGAGUAAAGCUCUGUUUUCUGUCACUUCAGUGGAAUGUGUAUGCAUGUUUUACGUGGUGAAUAAAGCAGUUCCUUUUAAUACUGCUUUUCUGGGAUAAAAUGAACAGUGAAUUUUUAAAAAAACAAAACCAAAGAACUUAAGCUGGAAUCCUCCUUAAAAGUAUAUUUGAAUGUCUCGUGUUCAUACAGAAGUGCUUGUUACAGGUUUGUUGUUAAUACAUUUAAAAAAAAAUCACAUUUCUCAGAAUGGAGAAAGCUCAAGUGCUAGAUGGUGCAUGUCAGAUUUUGUAAAAGUGCCUUCAUUAAAGAUUCUUCUAUAUGCAUAAUA